AUGCACCGGAUCAACGCUAAAACAAAUAUUACCAAUACAGACUUCAUAAAAGAUGGAAUAUAUGUGAAGCAUUACCCAAAUGACAACAAAAAAGAAAUACCACAUGGAAUAUCCUGUUUUGUACCCACAAGUAACCCUCAUAAUGUUCCGAACAUAAAAUAUCACGGCGAAGGGAACGACUGUUUCAUUUUACAUCAAAAUGAAUUCUUUCACGAGAAGUUGGCUCUAGUAUACACCGGCAAGAUAAAUCUGAAUGUUCCUUCAGUUAAACAGAAAGCGUUCCACUUUCACAUCAUUCCUACAGAGCGUAUGACACAAUCUGAGUUUAAGUUAACAAUAAAGAGCCUACCUUGGCUGCCAUGUACUAUCAAGGCUAAUGCAUCUUCUGACAAACUGAUUCGCACUGAUGAUGAUAUAGAGGGACUGGGUGACUCAAGAAUAAUCGCGCUAUAUGAUAUUAUGGCCUCCUGGUAUGAACAGGAAACUGAUGCUAUGGGCCGUCUCCGUGCCAAUGACAUUCGCAUAUGGAUCGCUGAAGACAAGCCAUCCUUUGAUGACCUUCUUCAAGAUGAAACUCGAGCUCGCUACGUUUUCUCGGCACUUGCUCGGAUAGAGAUUCCGAGUGCAUGUGUGUCUACGAUAAUUUACCGAGACGAUAUUUUGAACGAACUAGAAGUUGCAUUUGGAUGGAAGGUGAUAGACUUCUGUACUGAUCCUAAGGUUUUUCAACAGAUUGACGUUAAAGUUGAAGGACCAGAAGUUGCUCAUCAAUCAUCUGAACUUAUUGAUGAGUUUAUUGGUGAGUUUGGCAAAGUCAGCACCCCGGAAAAAUGUAAGAAUAUUGGCGCCCUAAAAUACUUGAAGGAUGGGUGUGUCAUAGAACACACAAAAACAGGCUAUAAGGAAACCUUUUCGCUCACAAAAAAAAACCAUUCGAAAUUUUUAGCAGAAGUUAAAAAUAUAGGCUUGGUGGUAAGGAUUAUAAAGACUUUAAAUUCCAGAAAUAUAAUUUAUGAUGAAAUUCGUAGAGGGAUUUUUGUGCUGAUCAGUUUGAGCAAAGAUUUCAGUUCUUGGUUAAAAUAA